GUUGCUGUGCAUCCCACGCCGCACCCAUGCAAAACCAAAGGGCCUUUCAAUAGAUCAUGGGCCAUGGGCACGGCAUAGCGCUGCAAAUCCGUAGGAGCUUCUAAGAUACACACCCAUGCCUGGCCUUCUGCACCUCGCCUUUCUCUCGGGCUAUCUCGUCCUAACAACCUCCCGCCGCCGCCAGAAUUCGACGUCAGCACCUUGGUUCGGUCCGCUUCUCGGCCUCCUCAACACCUCUCGAAUCGGCUCGACGUUACAGCCAGACGUGCCAGGCUGCCAGGGCCUCUUCAACCCCGGAGAUGGCUUGCUGUCGAUCAGAGUUACAGACUAAGGCAGGAGAGAUUCGAGCCGGUGCAAGCGCCUCUCCACGCCAUCCAAGCUCAACACAACAGCGCUCGGCUUUGCUCAAGCCUCCAGACUAGAAGCCUUCAAGGGAAUCUUCAGCCAUUCUACCGGCCACCUGUCACUGCCAUUUUGGCAAAGGUGCGACGACCGUCUUUUGCUUCGCCGACGCCGGCUCUCGACGGUGCUGCUGUCUCAUCCCGUUAGCACCACGGCAGACGGGACAACGUCUGCCAAAAAGAUGGCCAUGAGUGCUUGGUCCUCGGUUCGCAAGCUUACUUCUUCACCCUAGUGUUCGAUGAUUAGGUAUGCCAGUUGCUCUCCGGCACCCAGUGUCGUUGAGGACGAUUCAUAUCUAGAGAAGACAGACCGAAAACUGCAUGCAUGGUGGUCGGCACCUGGCAAAUGCCACGAACACCACAAAACGAUUCUAGGUGUUGUUACCCUUCUACGGAUUCCCACGCAGCUC